AUGGAUGAGAAAGUUAAAAUGUCAACUCUACCACCGCGUUACCUUUCACCAGACUUUGGAAUCGGGACUUGGCGGGCUCCGAUUUUAUCGACGGAAGCGAGAAGAGCCCUCGAGUGCAACGGUUAUGAACCCGCGGCGUCUGCGCCCAGCAGCAGCUGCGGGGGCGAAGUGCAGCGCCUGUGUCGAGGGCUUUCCUGUCGCCACCGCCACGCGCCCGAGACCCCGCCACGCCCCUCGCUCCCGUCCCUGCCCCUGCCCCAGCCUCCGUCGCUAUCUGGCUCCCACGUUUCGUUAUCGAGCGUCUUCGCCAAGGACGCGUCUGGCACCCGCCCGCCGCUGUGCCGCGAGGGAGGGAGGGGACGUAAUGUGCGAAAGGGCAUGCCGCUUUUCUUCUGCCUGGCUCCUCAAAGAACACUGAGAGAGUCAAAGGAAAAAGAAGGCGAAUGGAAACACACAACAAGUAGCUCCUGUAGAAGUGCUUUGUAUAAAAUAAAGUUAGAAGUAGAAGAAGAAGAACAACAACAACAACAAGAACAACAACAAGAACAACAACAAUAA